CCCAUUCUCCCCUCCCCACGAAGCUACUUAGACACCAUGAAUAAGUCUUGAUCGUCUCUUUGAUACGCUGAACAUCUGGAGCUCUUAAAGGCUUCGAGCGAGAGACUUGGUUCUUCAGCCCCCAAGUCACUUUGACGGCUCCUUUCUGCACCCUCUUCAGUUUUUCAACCUGUGGCCCCAGAACCAGAUGCCCUGUUGCAGUAAGGGUCUGCCCAGUGCUGUAUGCACCUAUUUACACCUACUCUGGUUACAGAUUGGGUGACUCCAAGGGUCACCUUAGUCCUUAUUGCCACAACAUGGCACUGGGAGCUCAUGGUCAGUUGCUUGUCCACUUUGACCCCUGGAUCCUGUCCAGAGUCACUGCUCUCCAGGAGACAGUCUCAGCUCUGUCCGCACGGCCUGACUCCCUUGUUCUUAGAUGGGUGGCCACGUUUGGCUGUAUUAAAAUAUAGUGUGUCUGAAUGGGUCCUGCUCCCCAAUCAAUUCAGUUCGCUUUGUAUGACAGCCCUGGCCUAGUCACUAUUUACCAAUCUGCAUGUUGUCUGCACAUUUGAUCAACGUUGAUUUUAUACGUAUUGCAGGCUCCAAGCACCGAGGCCGGGGCCCCCUGGUCCCUCCUGCCCCGGACCCCCACCAGCUCUUCGAUGACACCAGUGCUGGUUUCCAACAUGCACAAGGCACCCCUGCCUCAGGAAUCGACAUGGGCUUCAACACCCUCCUGGCUGACCCAAUGGCUAACGUGGCCGUGGCCUAUGGCUCCUCCAUCGCCAGCCAGAGCAAGGACAUUGUCCACAAGGAGAUCCACAGGUUCAUGUCAGUGAACAGGCUCAAAUAUUUUUUCGCCGUGGACACUGCCUACGUGACCAAGAAGCUGGCGCUGCUGCUCUUCCCGUAUGCACACCAGAACUGGGAGGUUCGGUAUAGCAGGGACACACCCCUGACGCCCCGGCAGGACAUCAAUGCGCCGGACCUGUACAUCCCCAGCAUGGCCUUUAUCACCUACAUCCUGUUGGCCGGCAUAGCCCUGGGCCUGCAGCAAAGGUUCUCCCCGGAGGUGUUGGGCAUGUGUGCCAGCACUGCCUUUGUGUGGGUAGUUAUUGAAGUCCUCGCCCUGCUCCUGAGUCUGUACCUAGUGACAGUGCAGAGCGACCUCACGCCCUUCGACCUGCUCGCCUACAGUGGGUACAAAUACGUGGGGAUGAUCCUGGCUGUGCUGGGGGGGCUGCUCUUUGGCAGUGAUGGGUACUACGUGGCCCUUGCCUGGACAUCCUGUGCCCUCAUGUACUUCCUGGCACGAUCCCUGCGAAUGAAGCUGCACCCGUCCCUGGUGCCAGAUGGGAUGGGGCAUCCCAGGGGCGGUGGGCGUGGUCAGACCUAUGUCACCCUGGGGGCUGCUGCCUGCCAGCCACUCAUCGUCUACUGGCUCACCUUCCACCUGGUCCGCUGAGAUGGGGCAGCGUAGCGCCCUGGGGGACAGUCCGUCCCAGACACAUGGACUCCUGGGACGCCCCCAGACAUACAGGCACCCAGGACACACAUCCUCCAAUGCACAGCUGCCGGGAACCAUACACAACCUGAAGCAUGGACACCUCAGACCCCCAUGUGGGGGCUGGCAGCCAGGACUCCUGGGUUCUAUCCCCAACUGGCUGGGUGACCUGAGGUGUGUCCCUUCUCCUGCCUAUGCCUCAGUUUCACCCUCACUUUGAAGGAGGGAUGAUAACACUAACCUGCCCUCUGGGACUUGCCUAGCCACAUCACCUCAGGUGCAGGGCCCUACCCCCCACCUCCCAUCUGCUGGUGGGUAUCUGGUCCCCCAGUCCCCUGGGAUGGAAAGUACCCCCAAAAAACAGUGUUUCUAGCAUAUCAGUGUUUUCCUGGAGAACUCCAUCAAAACCCAACACUUGGGGAGAGGGAAUAAAGAGUCCUGACUAA